CCCUUCAGCUCUGCCCCUCACACAUGAAUACAUAACAAAAAGAGGGCUCUACAGAGACAUUUCUAGAGACAAGAAAUUCAUCAUUCUUUCAAUGUUGUGUUACAAAGGAAAUGGCAAUUUCAACUUCAGAUACACAGUCCACACCAGCAACUAAACCGCUCUCUCAACUAGAAGUAGAAUCAGUCAGAUGCUACUCUUGUGGAUUCACUGAAGAGUGCACUCCUGCUUAUAUUUCCCGCGUCCGUGAACGCUACCAUGGGCGAUGGAUAUGUGGCCUGUGCGUGGAGGCAGUGAAAGAUGAAAUUAUAAGAUCAGAUAUGGAUAUUUCAACUGAAGAAGCUUUGAAUAGGCAUAUAAGUUUUUGCAACAAGUUCAGGUCAUCUUCUUGUUCUCUAAAUGAAACUGAACAUCCUAUCUCUGUUAUGGGUAGACUUCUUCUAAGAAGCUUGGAUUCUCCGCGAGGCGCUCCUCGAUCUAAUUCUACUAGUGUUUUGCCUGAUGUUGAUAAGAUUAAUAAUGGGUCUUCAUUAGUUCGAUCUGGGAGUUGUUUCUCUGCUUUGUCUCGUUGAUUUCUUGAUAUGAUUCUUGUUGAAAAAGGUUGCUUCAAUCUCUUGAUUUUCUUGCAAGAUGUUGCUUUCCUUUAAUUGAAGAAGGUUACGUUGAAAUUUUUUCGAACUCGGUAACAACCUGCAUUACAGAAAGACAACUGAGCAAAAUGCAAUUUUCAUGAAUGAUUCAAUGCCUAUUAUGCAGUAAAGAGUUUUCAAGAAUUGGUGGAAUAAAGAGUAUCUUUCUUCUUCUUUUUUUCAUUUACAGCUAAGGUUAGUAAAUGGAACUGGUAAAAUUAGUAAGGACCAGCCAAGUUUGCGGUCUAUUUAGUUUCAAAUGGGCCAGUAACGGCAGAAUAGCUGAUUUGGAGUAUCCCGAAUUAGGAAAAAAGUUGGCAAAAGCAACAAAAAAUGAAAGAAGAAUGAUGACAGAAUGAAGUUGCCAAGAAGAUUCAUAGAAAGAAGACAAGGUAAGCCAUACUUGGUGACUAUUGUAGCUUCUCUGUUCAGGCACUUGGCAGUUUUUUUCCCGGGCCAAAUUUGACUCGAUGGUCAAUCUUGAUUAGAAAACGGUAAGGGUAUUAAUGGUCGGUGCUUGGACCCUCUUGGCCACAUGUCUCUAGUAAUAUCUUAGGCAGUCUUAGGUUGAGUGUGAACACUGAGAAAAUAUCAAGGACUGACAGGGAAAUAUGUGGGACAGGAUUGUUCUGGACACCCAAUUUUAUUUUGGUUUGGUUUAGGUCCAAGGUUUUGUGUUUCAUGGUCAUCGGGUAAGGAUACAGUUAGGCAAUUGGAAUCAGCAAUUGCUUAUCUUGAAUUCUUGAUUCUUCUCUGGCUUGUUCUUUUUACUCUGCUUGAACCCAUUUGUUUUCUUGUAAUGUUCUUUUGAUUUAUGCUGCCUUCUUGAGAGAGGACUUGAAGAUCUUAUAAUGGGCAUGCCAAUUAAUUUAAUGGA